GCUGCCCGAGAACCCGUGGAAACUCAAUUCCUUGCGGCAACCAUUGCUGUAUCAAACAUGAACUUUGCUUUGUGCCGGUUACGGAAGAAAUAACGUAAGUUCCAGCGGUGGUCUUUUAGUUCGUUUGUCAUCGCGGCGAUACUUUGAAAUUGCCCUCCAAUCGAUCGUUGAACGGAAGAGAAGUUCAUCUAUUCUGCAGCAGCACACCUGCACCCUCGGCCGAGAGCAGAGUCUGUAUGUCGCGGGGGUAACAUCGUGUAGUGAUUUAUGCAUCACAAGGCAGGCAGGCAGGACCACCCAGCCGUAAGUAAGAGAACCUGCACGUUGUACGGGAUGUGUGCUAAUGGCGUAAAUGCUCCGGAGUCCGUUUUGAUCUAAGUAAGGCAGUCAGUUUUGUCUAAGUGUAUAAUUCCUCCAUCACCACCGCCACCAGCGCUGGGCGGCGGAAUCGAAUGGAAUCGGUGCCAGCGUAGGGGGAAAACUCUCCCGGUCUCGGUGGAAAAUGCGGUGAAGCGUCGACGAAGACGCACACGUCAAAACGGCGGUGAAAAAGUGAUGGUGGAGCCAUUUGGCAGCGCUUCGGCUGCUCAACACCCUUCAGCUCAGGUACUUGGAGCAGGCGGUGGUGCGGUCGGAUCUUCGGAUGGGGUGGCCGACAUGAUGCGCUGCUAGCUGCUCGGUUCGUCGUUUUUGGCUUCAUCCAAGUGUGCGUGGCGGUGGCGAUAUCCCUUUUACGCGUACGCACUCUGCUCUUCUGCUCCGGCUCCGACGUUCGCGAGCGGACACGAACAACCACCGUGCGACGACAGUUCGUCCCCGUACGCGACGGCCAAUAAUCCUCCGUCGACGACGCAUAGUGUGCAUAACAGUGUGUUUAGUUGGCUCACUCGGCAACCUCGCGUCGCGUGACUGCCACAUAUCUCUGCUGCUGCUCGCGACUAGCCGCGUGUACCGGCCGCAGCCGGUUCUCUCUGUACACCAGCCGAGAAAAACACGUGCCACGGACUGGCCCGGUGCUUCGAGUGCUGUUUGCUGUUUGCCGAUGAAAGUGAAUAGGCAGAGCAGCUGGAACACUCUCCGCGACUCGUCUGGCGAAACGUCUGACCUUCUGGCCGCAUAACGCUUCACUCGGCAGUGUGCAAAGAAAACAAUCAAUAUUGAAUGAAUUGGAAGAUCAGUUGCACCCAGUGGAAUAAGAUAAAAGCAAUUGUCUAUUACCAUAGCAGAAGCACAGGAGCUCUUGGCCUCAGACUCUUGGCCAUUUGGUGCAACGGUUUGAUUGAUCGAUCGGUCAUCAGUGCAACAGACAUUUAACCAUGGAACGAAAGCUGCUGUACGCGUUCCGGGGAUGGAUUGCAUUCGUGGCGUUCAUGGAUCUCGGUACCGCCUUCCGGUGUUACAUCGAGCGGCGCAGCUUUCUCGGGGACCAUUCGGAAACGCAGUUCAUAGAAGGAGACUACACCAUCUCGAGGAUAUUGGGCAUCUACUGCAUACUAAAGGCGGUGGCUUUAGUGCACUGCACGUUGUACAUACACUACAAACCGGUCGUCAGCAUGGGUGGCUGCUCGCUAGCGAUUACGAUGAUGCUUUACAUUACCGAGGCCUUGUACUUCCGCUCGACGACGCUUAACUUUUACGUUAUAUUCCCGUGCAUUCUGAACUCGAUCACAUUGAUAGGAUUGCUGUACAUUCCCCGGAAGCUGCGCCUCUGGGAGCACCGGAAUGGGUCGGAUAACGAUGAUGAAAAUUCGCAGCUGCUCAAGCAGAUGGGUGGUUUCAAGAAGCGGAGGGCGCACAAAAACAAGACACCAUGAAUACUGUGGAUAGUGUAAUGGAUUGUAGCAGCGAGCUGUGUUCUGUCUACCACCAGGCGCUCCCCUAACACACCUUCUUUUCGAACCCGUGGUCGCUGCCCCGUGGACGGAGCGAUGAAGCAAAAAAAAACCCUAGAAAACCAUCCCAACGUUCUCUCCUUCCGGUCUCUCCUAAGCACAUCUUAGUCAUAUCGUAAUAGUUAGAGCUAUUAUAGUCCCACAACCACCAGCAUCACCCCCACCACUUCGUAAAUACGAACACGAGAGUUUGCUAGUUUAAGUUUUUCUCUCGAUUUCGAUAGUCCUUUGGCACCACUUGCGCUACCUCUCCGAAUAAGAAGCAAACCUCUUUUCCUCUCUAGCUAUCGGAUGUCCUGUUUGGAAUAGAACUUGCAUAUCUUUGUCACCACAGAUAUGCUCUGAAUCCUGGAUGCCACAUUAAGACGACUCGCAACAUAAAACUGGCUCCAUCUCCUCUCUUUAGCUUCGAACCCUCUACCAUUGCUCGAUCAGCGAACGGUUACUCAUAUUUUUUUACAUAAUCAUUCAGCUCCACGGACUGUGCUCGCAGCAAUUGGUGAACCGAUUGCAAUACACCUUUGAGCAUACUCUGGUAGACGACAAUUAAUGAACUGUCGCGCGCACAGUCGCCCGAUGUCCAUUACAAUGUUUAUGAGCAAAUAUAAAAAAACGAACAAAAAACGGUGAUCGCAAAGCCAAGCAAUGUGUGUGCGCACGUGAGGUGAGGAAAUGCAAUGUGAAUGCGAAAAACAAGCUUUAAUACACGUAUAACUUAGCAAAGGUAUGACAAAAAAAAACAUACAGAAUUGAUUAAGCAUACUAAUUUCCCGGCUAGCGCUGGAUGGCGGGAACGGUAGGAUUGUUUGGCGGAAAGUGGCGAAGAGUAAUGUUAAUUUCACGCCAAUGACGAUGAUGAAUUGAUUAGUACGAUUUGAAUGCUACAAUAGUAUCACGUCGCUCUACAAUCCAGCCAACGAGCGGUGCAUACGUUGGCAAUCGAAUGCAUGAGGACGAGAUCGAGAUAGUACCGGGUCGGCGGCCGUCGUUGCAAAAAAGGGCCGCUGAUCGGUGAAUGCACAAAUAAGUCGCGAAAAUAAUGGUAGAAAUUUAAUUGUUUUGAAACAGCAAUAAAUUACUACGGGUUAUUGGGCGGCGGUUGAUGUUUUUUGGAGGCUGUUUCAAUGGCGUAUGUGUGAGAUUGGUGUGCGGACACAAACAUCAGCCGAUUCCGUUGGUUAGUAGUUAGUUAGUUAGUUAGCAACUUCUUCUAAGCAUUUAUUGUGUGAAAGUAUAAUCUGAAAUGUGAAAACCUUGCGUGGAGUGAUACGUGCGCCAAUUGGAAAUAACACUGUUGGGUGAAAUGCAAUAUAUGCAAUAUAACGAGAUUCAUAGAUUGUGUUACCGGAUAUAGGUUCUUAUUAUAGCGGAUGUCAAUUGAUGCGCCACUCCGUAAGGACAGUCUAUUGUCAUUUAUAUGAUCCCUGUUUUAGAUUAUGAGUUCCUAUGAAUGAGUUUGCCAACUUAAUUAUCUUCCGUGUGCAAUUGCUUUCAUUAUAUCUGGAAAACAUCUUAAAAUCGUGCUCUCUUAGAACAACCAUCAGAAUUUAUUCUUUUUGAGUACUUAGUAAACAGUUUGUUAGCCUUGCGCUUAACUUAUCCGAACACAAUUCUUUUCAUACAGAACUACUACCUCUUUAUCAUGUAUAAACGUUAUUUUUAUCGGAACCUCUUGAUACAUCAAAGGUGUUUUCCGUGUCCAUUGUCACAUAGUGUCCUACUAGUUUAUGAUAGAAUUGUUCAUCCGAUGUUUCUUCAGCACAUUUGAAAGGAAAAUACCUCCCAAAACAGAAGUACUCUAUUAUAUUGGAUUCCUCGAUUACCACAACCCAUGCCAAUCAUGAUGCCUUUAUUGAAAACUAGUUUAGUCCCGCAGUGUAAUUCAAAAGCGUUUCCCAAAGACUAGUAAAAAAAAAGCAGAUGCUACUAGCCCACUUCUUCGACGAUUAAAACCAAAUCAAACUCUAGCCUCUAAGUCCACGCAGUGUUAUGCAGAGCAGAAAAAAACAAAAUCGACCAGAUAAUCUAAGACACAAGCUAUUGGCUUUUAUCGACAUCAACAACACCAAAUCACUACACUAUCGCUGAAAACUUUUGCCUCAUGCGUGAACGAAGCAGAGAAGUGAGCAUAUUUUUAUACACCCAAGAUACUGCAAGUGCCGCAACUAAAAAUCGCAAAACUUAAUUCAGAGCUCUCCAUUUUACUGCACAUUAUUGCUACGAACUAGGAAACGGUAGGAAAGGAAGGGAGAAGCGGGCGGUGAAGCGGAGGCGAUGGUUUAAAAAUCAAUCCCACGAGUAUCGAAAAUAUCGGGCGGUUUUAGAUACACAGCCAAACAAUCUUGUAGAUCACUUUUCAACUUUGACCAUUUUUCGCGCGGCGCCCCGGUCGAAUGCGGCAAAUCAUUAGAUUAAUAUUGUUCAACAGUAGAACCCGCCACAUUUCAAUUUGAAACUCAUUCAUCGUAGACGACGAUACAAGACGGUUCCGUAAGCAGUAGAAGUUUGCCGGUGCCGCUGUUCAGUUGUUUCUACCCUAGCCAAUCGUCUAUUUGCCGCUCCCCGAAGAGCCCAUGAUUAAGAUAAACAGUUUUCUAAUCGUUCCGGCGUGUCGAAUAACCAGUGGAUGAACCGGGAAGAUGGAAAUCUUUCAAAUAAAUAUUAGCAUGCGAAACAAACGUGUUUGUUGUUGUGUUCUGUUGGCUUGACCCCGAAAUAUCACAUGCGUCGAAGCAAAGGGUAAGCGGAGUGGUAUCGAAACGCACUAAUUGUUGUCUGUUUCUGGUGUCGUACAUCAACCACAGGUCUCUCUCGCUCUCUUGGGAAAAGCUAUUUAAACAUUCAGCAAUUCGACAUCGUAGACUAUACAUUGUUGUUAGCUGCUGCUGUGGUGCUCGCUGAAGCACCACUUCAUAGCGACAAUGUGUGGUUUCGCUGUUUAUUGCUCUAGCGCCCCAGUUCUCACGGGACGCA